AUGUAUGAGUUGACCCUUGCAACACAAAGCGUGCUGAAGAUUGCCCAGAUUUGUAUUCAAACAGUCUUUGAACAAUUCGGAAAAGAGAAAAUUACGGUUCAAUUCAUACCCAUUGCAGGGGAGGAGCAGAAUAAGAACUCUUCCAACAAUAACAAACGUAAAAGAGAAAAUGGAGCUAUGGAAGAGAACUAUGCUGUUGGUCUGAUUAGGAUGAAAAUUAUUCAAAAUGAAGAAGAGAAAAAGAAGAACAGCAUACGACGAUUCGAGGAGUCUCUGCAGGAAAUUCUCAAGGUGGGCUCUCAUGCAGGAAGAAUGAUAACAAUCCUAACAAAGGACAAGCAACUUCUCAUGAAUGGGUCUGAUUCUGCUAUUGGGCAAGACAAAAUUUUGGAAUUAUUCAGGGCAACAUCAUUGGUCAAUGAGAACCAAGUAUACUUGGAUCUACUUGUUUGCGAAGAUCACGAUUUGAUGGUUCAUUUAGUGUUGUUGGGUCAGUCCUUUCUUGAAACAAUGGACCUCAUAAGAAAAGAAUUGUUAACUUUGGGAAUGUUCUCUUCAUACUUUACUUUUGAGAAUCACUUCAAUCAGGAGGAGCUCCAUGGAGUGAACUCCUCAAGUUGGACCUCUGAAAAACUUACAGUAACAAGUCUUCAGCCAGAAAUUGUGAAAACGCAUUUGAGUGCUUUCAUUCAUGUUGAAUAUGCAUCACCAUCCACCGUACAACCCUUGCAUGACAAAGAGAAUAAUAAGAAUCGAAUUCAGUUAUUAACGAGUUUGAGUAAGAAUGGAGAAAUUCUUUGCCAAGACGCAAGACAAGAGAUGAUUAUGGGUAGAGUGAAGGGAAAGAACAGAACAUGCGAGUUGAGUAUUUCGAGUGAGCCAAAUACAAUAUCUUUUAAUGAGACAGCUUGGGAACGCAAGUCGCUUUCAUUUCCUCAGAAAAUGUCAACGCUCGCUCUACCAGAGAGCAACAACCUCAGCAAUUUUGGACUUCAAAUUUCGAUAGAUUCUUUCGACGAGAGUUGUUUAAUAAUAGAACUUCCAAAGGUCCGCUCAAUUAACUCCUCACUUCGAUCGAUCUAUAUAGCUUUUAACAUUGAAACAACCUGUAAAACGAAAUGCAAACUAAUCAAAGCCAUGUUUCAAUCACUCUCGCUUGCCUUGCUUGAAUGUGCUAAAUUACACUUGCCACACAGCUUUUUCAACAAGAAUGAAAAGCGACAAUCUGUAAUGACACAAUACUACAUUCCUCUGGUAGCUGAUUCUAUAAGUGGCAUUGUACAACAUUCCCAAAACCAUGCAUUUAAAGGUGAUUGUCUUAAGCUUUUACAAAUAGACUCCCUUGACGAGAUUUCAUCAAAAAUCCAGCAGUUACUUCUCGCCAAAACCAAUUCUUCCGUGCAGCAGCAAUAA